UGUGGUUUGAGAGGCAACAUAGGUAUUUCUUUCUCAGACACAUCCUUUUGCAGGCAUGUUCUGCAACAUCAUGUUUCAUUGCAAUUAGAAGGCAAUCCUGUUUGGAUGGUGAGUUAAUCACUUGUGUAGGUCCCAGCAUUCCUCACACUACAGGAAAAUUGGACAUCGGUACUCAUCUUAAAAGUUCCUUUUUUCAGUUGUGGGAAAGGAAUCCUUCUCAGCCUGGCUGAUGAAGGUUUUGUGUGUUUGGCUGCUCUUGGUGUGUUUUUUGUUUGUCUGGAGCUGUGCCAUACCUUCACAUUAGGAUUAGCCUUCCCUCUUAGAGUGGUAAAGGUGAGUUCCAGAUUUGCCUAUGAAGCAGGAGGGAGGAGUCAGACGUAGCAUAUGAUUGCAGAAAGGGAACCUAAACCAAUGUUCCAAUCUCUAUCAUUCAGUUAAUCAGUCCAUAAAAGUGGAAACUCAGGAUCCUAUGUGUAAACCACAUUUUCAAGUGGUGUUGAGUUCAGCUUUUGAGGUUUUUCUGAAUGACGGCAUUAAUAGUCAUGGAAAAGAUCAGAAGUAUUUUCAGUUGAAUGUGCAGAAAAUCCCCUUCGGAUCUUCUUGCUCAUUAUGGUCCACACAUGGAUAUUCAUUGUGGGGCAUACAUAAGCAUUAGAGGCAUAGCUCUGUUCCUUCACAAAUGCAAACAAUAAUGCAUUCUUAAAUAUAUGUAUUAUCAAACCAUUGAAUGCAAUUUGUGUGUUUUUUCACACUUCUUCCAGGUCUUAAACUGCUAAUAGCUAAGCCAAGUAAAGUGUCACCAGCCUCCCAACAGGUCAGCAACAUAAACAGCUAUUUGUGAUGUAACUGAAAGUUACAUCAUAACUCUCUAGGUUAAAACUCUACACAGUGAAUAUGAAGUAGGUAAUGGGAUGACGAAGGGGUAGAUGAUGGAGAUCAGUGGGGGAAAUGCAAAGGACAAAGAUUACAUUGAUUAUCAGAAGGAUAAGGUAAUGUCAACUCUAGAUCGUCUAGCACGACAUGUCGAGGUAGAGAAACAAUUGAAAGAAGAGAAAAACAAAGCUUUCAAGGAAAAAAUGGAUUCUCAACAUGCUCAUGGGCUACAAGAGCUGGAAUUUAUCAAAGAUCACAGUGACACAGAAGCAGCAAGAUUUUGUGUGAACCAGUGGUUAAAAAUGCCAGGUCUCAAGCCAGGCAUUGUAAACUCAGGAAGAAGAGUGUUACCUCAGAAAUCAGAUAAAAUGUCAUCUAAUAGUAAAUCUGUUUUAUGUCCCAUAAUGUACUGCAAUCGGAAAUUUGACAAUGGGCAUCUUCUCCUAGGUCACCUUAAAAGGUUUGAUCAUUCACCAUGUGAUCCAGCAAUUACACUCCAUGGACCUCCAGCCAAUGACUUUGCCUGUAUAAUCUGUGCGAGGAGAUUUCUUACCACUCAACAACACAGUAAUCACGUUUUAUCUAAGGCUCAUGAGAAUGAUGGUCAUGAAAAGAACUAUCCUCCUCAACAUAUUCAGUGCUUUGCAUGUCCAUGCUGUUUCCUCCUUUUCAGCAUAAGAGAUGAAUGUCUGCAGCAUAUGUCUGCAAAGAACCACUUUUCCCAGGCUUUUAAGCUGAAUGAUAAACAAGGCAAGCUAGCUCCUUUGCCUUUCCCAGCCUUUGCAAAGAAUCUCCUGAUCUCUCUCUGUAAAGAAGUUCCAUUCCAAGUGAAAUGUACAUCUUGCCAUCAAGUUUUGAGCUCCCAUGUAGAAUUAACAGCUCACUUCAGGACUCGUUGUCGUAAUGCUGGCCCAGUAGCUGUGUCAAAGAAGACCAUUUCCCAAGUUGCUGAAAUCUUUAAAGCCAAAGGGUUCUGUCAUAGUUGUGACAAGGUUUUUGUGGAUGACGAACAUAUGAGUCAGCAUCUUUGCAAAACUGCACCGAAAAUUAAAAGGUUCACUACCAUGGAAGAAUCACUCUUGAUGACCUGUCAUAUCAAUGAAAGGAAUAAAAAUGGCCUCCAGCUACAGAAGCAUGUAAGCUUUUUAAAAUCUUCUCCUCUGAAGAGACCUUUGGACUGUGAUGACAAAACUACAAAACGACAAAAGGAUUUAGUGGGCAAAAGCCAAGAGGUUAACAGUGUUCAUACUAUCAAAACCUGGACGUGUCAGUGCCUUUUAGCAUUUUCUUCUGAGGAACUUGUAGAAAAACAUAUCUUCUCUGAAAACAGCAUUUGCUACAAAUGUGGGGUCUGUGGAAAGCUUGCAGAAAACGUAAGUGUAAUCCGUUUGCACAUGAGCCGGUUUCAUGGAGGAGCUCAUUUAACUAACUUCCUCUUCUGGUGUCAGUCCUGUAGUGUCGCCCUUCAGAAAGAGGAGAAUGUUAUGGCCCAUGUGACAGAACUUCAUGCUGGGCAUAGCUACUAUUCUGAGAACGAGAUUGCUGCAGAUAAGCAUGCAUUACCUUCUGAUACCCAUUGUGGCAAUUCACUUGAAACGAACGACCAGUCUCCAAGCCCUAUGGAUCUGUCUCCACCAGAGUCGCCAAUGGAUCUGUCUGCGGAAAUUUCUUCCCAGUGGCAGUGUUGCAUAUGUGAGGAAAUAUUUGACUCAGAGGACACUGUGAAGCAGCAUUGCAUGUCAUUAGACAGCCAUCACUUUCACAGGUACAGUUGUGGCUUGUGCCAAAUGACAUUUCGGAAGACAGAAACCCUACGCCGACACUGUGAAGAAAAGCAUAACAAUGUAGAGCAGAUUACAUACUUUUGUGGAAUUUGUGGUGAUCUCUUUUUUGAUGCUGAGGAUGAGUUUUUACGUCACUAUAAGGACAUACAUAGCACAGAUUAUGUCUGUGUUUCUGAAAGAGCGGGGGCAUCAAUCAAAACAUUGGAAGUAGUAGAAGAGAGUAACUUUCUCAGUUGUGGCUGUCGAGAAAAAUAUGCCAGCAAACAGAAUAAACAGGAAGAUUACAAGAGGUGUCAAGAAGCUAUGCUGCAGAAAGGCAAAAUAUGGUUCCGCUGUACACUGUGCUCCUCAACAGCGCAGAGCUGUGAUGACAUGAUAGCUCAUCUUAAGAGUCACACAAACAACCCAAUGCACCAUGGAUUGUAUGUUGUGCGAUGUGGAGCAUGCAACAAAAGCUUCAGUGAUAUAUUCGUAUCUCUUCAGCACUACCAUAGCAAACACUGCUUCUCACAAAAACCCCAACUGGCCUUUGGAUCUCAGGCAGAAAGUGAUGUUUUCCAGUUCUCCGCCAGUGGGUCCUGUGUGGAUAAGCCCGAUAAACUGAAGCUUCCACUAGAUGCAGACACAGGAAGUUUUUUGGAAAAAAGAGCAUUGAAAUUGGAAUACGCAAACACCGAGCAGGUUAAGAAGCCACAUUCUGAGAUUCAUGGCCAAAAUGAUGUUGAACUACCUGACCUUGAUUAUUUGUGUACUAUGACUCAUAUUAUAAUGAUGGAUUUAGAUAACUGGGCAAAUUUUUUCCAUCAGUUGCCUGCUACCCUUAACCAAGGAACCUUUAUCUGGGGUUUUCAAGGUGGACGCAACAAUUGGAAGCCACCUGUGAAUUGCAGGAUUUUUAAUUACCUUACAAAGAUUGGAUGUUUUUUCCUACAUCCACACUGUGGUACAAGGAAAGAUUCAGCUGACUUUGCCAUCUGUGUGCAUGUGGGCCGUUUGGAUGAACACCUGCCAAAACAUAUUCCUUUCACUAUUCUUUCUGGAGACAAAGGUUUUCUUGAGCUGGAGAGCCAGCUCAAGAUGACGCAGCGGGUAACCCACAUUCUGGAUCCUCAUAAGAUUGAUGCUGCCGUGAUGUGUGCCAUAUUAAACAGCAUUUCAGAUACAGCCAAAGUCCGGCUCCCCAACAUUCUGAGGGAUUGUGAACGGGCCCUCCACUUAAAAAGUUUGAGGACCCCUGAUUUAGAACAUGGGAGGAGAAUAUCUGGUCUACCAUCAACUAAAAUGAAGAAGCUACUGAAACUGCAACAGAAGAGAACUUGCAAGCAACAAAGGCUCAAGAGGAGGAUGAUGCAGACAUGCAGGAGGCAAUCAGGAGAAGUCUUGAGGAAAUGUGAAGAUGUCUCAAGAUUAGUGCACUAAAACAUCUAAACUGCUUUACAAGUAAUCGAAAAUUUGUUCAUCAUUUUACAAAGAUUAAAAAAAUGCUGGUAAACAUUUCCAAGCCUCAACAGCUUUUAAAGAGCUGAACUGUCAGCCACCAUCUAGUCUUAGUAUCUGUUGAAGUUGCAGUGGAUCUUCUAUGCAUUUUAAUGCAACAUAUUUUAAAAUCCUCCAAAUGUGGCAGUUCCAUUGAGCUACAAGGUGAUUUGGUGUCUAAAAAAAAAGCUUCAUUAUGAUUUUCAUUUUUUCUUAUAAGUUUUUCAUUCCUUCUUGGUUUUCAAUGCUGUAUUCCUUUUUUGAAAGAACUACUGUCCUUUUGAAUGUGUAUUAUGUGUUGCAAUAGAAAGAAGUAUUACGUCCUGAUUUCCUGGGAAUAUCUUGUCCUUGUUAGGUAAUUCAUAAAGAAAUUAGAUAUUCCCUGAUCUUAAGAAGUACAGGCAAAUUCAUGAGGUGUUUCUGUGACCCAUGAAUUAUAACAGGCUGUAAGAUCUAGCAAUUUUCUUUUUCCUUUAUCUUGGCUCUAAGGUAUGUAUAUUUGUAUUUUGAUAUUUUUAUUGACUGGACAAUGUAUGUAUAUUUUGUCCUACUUGUAUUGCAACAAAGUAUUUUCUUUGAGUAAUGUAACUUUGGGAAAACAAAGCUUUCUGCAUUCCUAGAGUAUUAAUUUAUUAUUAUUUUGCAGACUAUAGUUAUAUAUUUGAGCAUAAUUAACAUUAAAUAUUUCAAAUACUCUUG